AUGCAUCGAACCUCAGAUAAGUUCCUUAGCGUAAAAAAUAUAAUCCAACCAUGGCUAUUAAAAUCAAUGAGGAAACAUUGGGAAUGGUGUUGUCCAAUGCUAGAUGUAGAGAGUCUAUACCACAUUUACAAAUGUAUGGGGAACUUUUGUUGCUUUACUACCGACAACACGAGUGCAAUGAUAAACCAUUUGGAAAAACAUGACGAUGCCAGCGGGAUCUUAUCGUGUUCAUAUUGUGCGGUUGGAACUAAUUCAAUCACUGAGCUAAUCGAUCAUAUUCAACGCCAUCACGGACAAUGUCGAUACCAGUGCAAGUUUUGCUUCUAUCGCUCACUGGAUGCAGCGAAUGUUUAUAAUCAUCUGCAACUUUAUCAUUUGGAGGAGCAUAGCUCGACAGAGUCUAUACUUCAAAUUCCUCAACACCCGGAGAUACCACGCGUUCAUUAUAUGACAGAUGCUGUGAAGGCAAAAGUUAGACAUAAAAUGUUGAAGUGCACAGUUUGCCAUGAGAACUUUCUUGUUAUUGCAUCGUACAUUCAGCACAUGCAGUUGGAACACCAUAGCAAUGUUAUUACGUGCUGUUGGUGCUUGAAAACAAUAAAGAAAUAUGCUAUCGCAACUCAUUUACUCACUCAUUACAUUGGCAUAUACGAAUGUUUGUUUUGUGAGUAUGCUUGUAAUAUAAAACAGUCUAUGCAACGCCAUCUCAGCAAUGUUCAUUCGUCAAAACCGUUAUUUUGUUCAAAAAGACGAGAAUGCAAGGAUCACAAGACGUCCAUUACAGAAGGUAAAAUGUUAAUAACGUGUAGACAUUGUUUGCUUCCAUUACAAACCAUCAGUGCAUUCAUAACACAUCUUACAGUUCAUAGGCUCAACCAGUACGUUUGUUUCCUAUGUUGUUAUAAACAUUUUCUGUUGACAAGUGUUGUGAGUCAUAUCUGUAAAGAUCAUUCAUGUACUACGGUACAACUUUCCUUUGCGCAUCCUAAGAAAAAGAAUUUGUUAUGUGACAUAAUAGUAGUCAUGCCAGGAAGAUUAUCUGAAGCAGAAAAACGUAAAUGUAUUCAACGAACUAUAGCAAUGGGUGUAAAUUCCUUGGAUAAACUAUCAAAGAAACCAAAGACAUGUACUAAGCCAUUAUCAGCUUCACAAUCCGCUUCAAAUAAUGUUGAAAUUAACCAGGUGAACCUCCCCAUAGAUCCUGAUGCAUUUCCUAAAGCAAUUCAUUACAGCACAAUUUACAAAUGUGGAUUUUGCUGUAAAGUUGAAACUAGUAAAUUAUCAUUUCAAAAGCAUGUAAUUGACUGUAGUUGUAGAAAUGCAGUUUACUAUCCUUGUGCACAUUGUGGAAAGAGUUUAAAAUUUUGGAUAAAUCGCACCCAUCGUAUAUUGGAGCAUCUACUCUUUCAUGGAGAAAAUUUAUAUUAUUGUGAAUCCUGUAACUACUUUCAUUAUUCGUUCGACAAUGUAGCUAUGCACAUUAGAAUGAAUCAUAUCUCAACAUGUGCGAUAAAAGUGUUGCGGGAAUCUUUGGAACAAUGGGAGUGCAAUGUAUGCCAAAUACGAUCUUCUAUGCGGCAGAAAAUUAUGGAACAUAUGCAAAAUGACCAUGAUUUACCAGGAGAACGUUUCAUGUGUUCACUUUGCAAUCAUCGAGUUUUCACCAACAUGGAAGGGUUGUCACACUUCAAAAGUACUCACCCAGGAAAGAAAGUAUUGAUGAUAGAAAUGUAUCAUUUGGAACAAGAUAACUCAUCGACCAGCGAAAGCGCAGAUACAGACUCUUCCAACGAUUUAGAUUUAGUUGAUGUCGAUCGUGAAAAGGAUACUGUUCCUUUGUCAUCAUGUAGCGGUCAGUCGGAUGGGAAUAGAUCAGCGUCAGCUUCAGUAGUAGCACAGGAAAUUGAUGAUAGUAAUGAGAUAACAAAUCAUUCAAAGAUGCAGAGUGGAAAUGAAGCUACAAAUCCAGCAAUAAUUUCUUCUAGCAUUGCGAUGAAAUUCAAAAUCAAAGGCAGUUCAGUAGAAAAAGCACAUGGCUUACCCGAUAUAAGUAGUUUGAAGGAUCAUGAACAAUGUUCUAGUAAUAGCUCAACAGUAUCGGAUGGACUAACAAAUGAACAAAUCACAUCGCAGCUCCUAGAAGAUAAGAAGACAACUUCUUCUGUAGGGCGAAGGUUGUCUAAGAGAGUGGCUGUAAAAAAAGAUGUGUCAUACCGAUGGAGCGACUGUACCAAAUUUGCUUGCAUUUUUUGUGAGUGCAGCUUUGAGUUAUUUUCGUCUUUGCAGAAGCAUUGUAGUAUAGUGCAUAAAUCGCAAAGCAAAGCUUUUCUAACUGAUCCUAAUGUUGCCGGCAAUCAGAUGGAGUCAAUCAUUGCAUUCAGAUUGCGUGUAUUAGUUUGUUGCUUUUAUUGCGAUGUGAGAGAUACUUAUGCGAGUCUACGACUUCAUCACGAUAAAAAACAUUUCCCUCUUUCGUUCAUUUGUACAGACUACUGGAAUAUUUUCAAAUGUGGUCUAUGCGCCUAUCUGAAUGGUUCGGGUAAUGAAAACGAAUUCCGUAUGCAUUUCAAUCACUUCCAUAGCCGCUACAGUGAAAAAACAUCACCCUACGAUCAUGUUGACGACGCAUUCCUUGAAUGGGCUCUGACACACGGGAAAAAAGUGAACAAAGAAGAUAACAGCAAAAACAUAAUAGUGAAAUACAUUUGCAGUCAGUGUGAUGAGCAGAACGAAAAUGAAUUAGAAAUGGGAAUACAUAUAGCGCGUCACAUUAUGACAUUCAAAUGCACUUACUGUGAGAUUCAUUAUAGAAACCUGAAAGUACUGUAUGAACAUGUAAUCACAAUUCACCGCAAGAAGGACUAUUCUGUUCCUUCAUCUUGUCCGUUGAGUUAUGAUCGGACGCUUCUUGAUGUUGAAAUGUGUUUCAUUAAUGGGUUUAUUAUAUCUAAACGGGAAGCGCAGUUUACUAGUCAUGGCUCUUUGCAAAAUCUUGAAAAAGGGUUUCAGAUGUACUACGACAGUCAGUUAGAUGAACUGGUAAAAUACAAAGAGACUUUGCUUAUGCCUAUUUUUGAAGCAGAUGAGAUAGUUUCGAGAACUUCUUGUAAGACGUUCAUACAAAAUCAAUCAUCUUAUCCUUGUUUAAAAAUAACGUGUCUGGAUAUCGAUUCUAAAAGUUACGAAAAGUAAUAUUAGUGAGCAGGUAACUGGGAUGAUAAUCAGUAGGU